UCUGUUCGGCUCGGCCCGCGCUGUUGCUAAGCAAAGCCUCACUGCGUUAGCGCGCACGACGAUAGUAUUCAAAUAAAUGCGUAUCAAUAAAUGCAAAUGCUUUGCUUGCAGCGGUCAGACGCAGAGAACCGAAGAAAGAUGUAGAGCAGUUAUGCUAAUUAAGCUAUGUUAGUCUGCUAUCAUGUGCGCCUGGAUAUCGGGGAGCUCUGAAUGCUGUAAUCUCUGCACUUCCUCCAAUAGAACCGUAGUGGGAACACUUUCCUCCCCAGACCAGGGAGCCACACAGGUCACAUUUGUUCAUAGGAAAGACAUUCAGAAUCAGCAUGGGAAAGAAGAACCAGAACCGUGAAGAUGAUGAGGCUGCUUCCUCAGAUGAGGAAGAGUAUGUAGUGGAGAAGGUCAUGGACAGGCGAGUUGUGAAGGGCCGUGUGGAAUAUUUCCUGAAGUGGAAAGGCUUUUCAGACAAACACAACACAUGGGAACCAGAGAAGAACCUGGACUGUCCAGAGCUUAUCUCAGAGUUCAUGAAGACCUAUAAAAAGGGAAGCAGUGGAAGCACACCCAGCAGUAAGCCCUCCAGCACAGGCUCUUCUUCGGCCCGUCCCAAAGACAGUAGCAGCAGCACCAGCAAGAGGAAAAACUCAGAGGAAGAGAAUGGGAGUGGCAGCAAACCCAAAAAGAAAAAGGAGGAUGAGAUCCUUGUAGCAAGAGGGUUUGAGCGAGGCCUGGAGCCUGAGAAGAUUAUUGGAGCAACAGACUCCUGUGGAGACCUUAUGUUCCUUAUGAAGUGGAAAGACUCUGAUGAGGCAGACCUUGUGCUUGCAAAGGAAGCCAAUCACAAGUGCCCACAGAUCGUCAUUGCCUUCUACGAGGAGCGUCUGACCUGGCACGAAGACGGCGACAAGAAGGAAAAGAGUGCCACGCCAGUUUAAAGGGCAGAGGGUGGAGGAAAGACGCUGAAUCCUCCAAACCUUGUUCCCUUUGUCACACUGGUGACACUCUCAUAGCUAACCUUAACGGACCAUUUAGUAAAAAAACGGCCAGCGAGCAAUGGAGGUUACUGCCCACAAUGACAACCUCCGUCCACCCUUCAUGAAAAAGCAUCUCUCACCAGACAAACCGAAAGGCCAUGGCGAACAGCGUCUGCAGCAGAGCGGUGGAAUGUGAUCUCUUUUCUCUUACUCUCUCUGAUCUUCCUUCUAUUUUGUCAUAACUUGUGUAUUUGUGCUCCUACAACUAUGUUCUUAUGAUGUGUUGUGUGCUAGUGUAGAUGUGAAAUGAUGAAAACCCGUACAUGUCUAACUUUUAACUUUUAUUCACACAGUUGAUUUUGUAGUGGUGCUGGACAUGACUGAAAAUGUCAGUUGUGUUUGCGUUUAACAUCUAUAACGCUGGACGAACACGUGACACUGUUGGUUUUAUUUCAAGCUGUCACCCUCUCUUCUGAUUUCUGCUUUGUUUUUUUAAUCAGGUAGAAUUAAUUUAGCUGUAUUGCAAUUUUUAACUGUAAUAAUGACCCUUGUGGGACAGAAUCCUGUGAUUUUAAAUUUUUUGGUUUCUGAUUCUCAGUAAAGCCACAAAGAAACUAGACAUUAUAAUCGCUUUCCCCAUAUUAAUAUUAGACCAUUGACAUUCUUUUUUUUUUUUUUUUUCUCCCUUAAUGUCUUUGUAAAACUCUCCUACUUUCAGAAUUGGCCCUUUUAACCACUCUUCCCUUUGAACUUGUCACUGUUGCUUGCAGGAGGGCAGACAAUCCUCAUGUGAGUGUGUAAUGGUACAUUAUAUCUGUUACUUUCUACAACCUUUUUGUUCAUGAUGAUCAUUUUGCUCCAUAAGUUUAACCGAUAUACUCCCUCUUGUGGCUGAUUUGGUGAACACAUUCCCUGUUUGACCUCAUGAACUCAGAGCUGUUCUUAUUCACAUGGUAGUUUAAGCAUAUGUCGGGUUCUUAUUACUUUUUUAACCUAGAGUUGACUCAAUAAAAUGGUGUUUAUCAAGGUUA